GAAUGCCAUGCUGGGGGGCCUCCCGAGGAAAGGAGCGCCAUCCGCUCGCCCCUUCUGGUUGCCUGGCCUCGGGGAUAUGGCGGGGCUGGAAAAGGUUCAGAAGCGAGGAGCCACAACGAUCAAGGGGGUGAAGCGACUCCCCUAUGAAGAAAGGUUUCAACAUUUCAAAACCCCCAGCUUCAGGAGGGCCCACUCGCGGCCCCUUGCCGGCUUCCGCGUGGGGCGUCUGGCUGGCAGCUGUGAAGACGGAGGCGGGACUAGAUGGGCCCCUUUGGCCUGAUCUGGCGGCGGCGGCGGCAGCCCUGCUGUUCUCUGAUGUUUUUAUGUCCCAGGAGAGCGAGCGGGAGCUGGUGUAAUCCAGUCAUCAUGAGCAGGAGCAGGCAAGACGCCGCCCCCCUCCACUGGUGUGGUAGAAAAUUCAGAAGUGCCUUCAUGAUAGUCCCACCAGGCCCCCAGGAGUCACUGUCUCUUCCGCAAUAACAGAAUGAAAGAACCAGAAUAAAACUGCUGUGUGCGUAGCCCCCCAUCUCUCUUUCUGGGGGCUAAAUGUUUCCAGAAAUGGUUUGAUUUUAAGAAUUCAUAAAUGAAGCCAAGUGUGGACUAGGAUUUGGGAGACCAAGGAGCCCAUCAGCAUGCAAGGGGAGGCAUGUGUUACCCACUUAGAAGAGUCUUCUCAGUGACUGACUCACCUUCUUACACUCUUGAUUGGCUCCAGUCAGCACAAAAGGACAAGAAAGUGCCCUCUGCCAUCAUGGCUCGCCGGUCACAGAGCUCCUCGCAGGGCGACAACCCCCUGGACCCAAACUACCUUCCGCCCCAUUACAAGGAGUAUUACCGUAUUGCCCUGGAUGCGCUGGCUGAGGAAGGUGAGGAGAGCUAUCACCGCUUCCUGGCUGAGGAGGGUGUCCCAGACUUCCUCUGCCCCUCAGAGGUGGAACACUUCAUUCAGCACCUGCAGAAGCCCCAAUAUGCCAAUCAGGAUACAGGUGGCAGCACAGACUCUGGCCCCCACGACACGGACAUGGACGGCUCCUCCGGGACAUACUGGCCUAUGAACUCAGACCUUGCUGUUCCAGAGCUGGAUCUGGGCUGGCCAAUGGUCUUUGGGUUUCGGGGAACUGAGGUGACGACCCUGGUGCAGCCCCCACCCCCUGACAAUCCCAGCAUCAAAGAGGAGGCACGCAGGAUGAUCCGUGCUGCACAGCAGGUAGUUGCCAUAGUGAUGGACAUUUUCACUGAUGUAGACCUGCUGAGUGAGGUGCUGGAUGCAGCAGCCCGCAGAGUUCCUGUCUACAUCCUGCUGGAUGAGAUGAAUAAACAGCUCUUUCUGGACAUGGCGGCCAAGUGCAGAGUCAACCUCAACUAUGUGGAAUUCCUGCGGGUGCGGACAGUUUCUGGUCCCACUUACUACUGUCGCACAGGGAUGUCCCUCAAGGGGCACGUGAAGGAGAAGUUCCUGCUGGUGGAUUGCAUGGUGGUGCUGAGCGGCAGCUACAGCUUUAUGUGGUCCUUUGAGAAGAUCCACCGGAGCAUCGCUCAUAUCUUCCAGGGAGAGUUGGUGGCCAGCUUUGAUGAGGAGUUCCGCAUUCUUUUUGCACAGUCAGACCCGCUGAUUCCUCCAGCCAAUGUCUUGAUGAAGGCAGAGACCCACAUGGCCCCCUUUGGCAUGGCUCCCUAUGGCAACAACUUGUCUCUCUUCCCAAGGAAACCCCACCUGCUCUUUCCCCGGGAAGACAACCUUUUCUCACCAUUCAUGGACAGAGUUGAUCCGGACAGGUCUUUCCUGUCUUCUUUCAGAAGAGAUGACAUGCUGCGCCACACCUUGGAAGGGUCAGCGAUGCGGAUGUAUUCCAAGAAGGUUGAAAUGGAGAACUCCCAGAUGGAUCCUGCCCGGGGCUUUCUCCGCUCCAAGCAGCUGGAGAUGGACUCAUUUAAAAGGCACAGUUUUGCAGAAGGGACUUUUGAGAAUUUUUCUUCUUCAAAGCAGUUUUCCAGGCAGAUGUUCAUGAGCAAUCUGGAUGAUUUUAAAAUGCAGUCCAGCCAUUUUCAGAAAGACCAGUUUUAUCAGUAUCAGUUUGAACACCCCCAGGGUGCCAACAGGCCCCAGGGGCUCUUUGAAAGAAUACGAGGAGGCAGACCAGGGUUCAAUGAACUGGAGGAUUAUGCAGAUGGCUUCAGAGGUCCAGAACUGGAAUCCAAUUUUCCCCAGGACGGCUACCCACUGCGGCUGGAUUAUGUGCCUUCCAAUUCUUCCAAGGAAGUAAGACAUGGCUCUGACCAAGUUAAUCCAGCAGAGAAUGGUCUUUUAGGGCUAGCAUCUCAAAGAAGGCACAACAUGGGGCAGAAGUUCAUGUGCCAGACAUCCCCUACACAGAAGCAGAGCCUGGAGCAAAGGCUGUUCCUGCACGACCAGGAGCAGGAUGCAAAUCAAGACAAGAAAGUACAAGAGAACAGAGCAGGCUUACGCAACUGGAGGAUUUCCUCCUAUCUGAGUGGGUGCCAGUCAGACCAAGGAGAGGAAGGGCUCCCAAUGCCAGUGGAGUCAGAGGCCUAUAAUGAGGUGCUUGGCCCUGCAGAGGCCCUCCCUAGAUACCCCAGUGACCUCCUCCCCUCUUUCAAACCCCCACUACCGCUUGCAAGUGCCAGAGAAUUUGCUGCAGCUGAGAGACUGGCUGAGGAGGCAUCUGCGGUGAAGCAAGAUCCCUUCCGGAACAGGAUAAACCCCUUGAUCCAGAGGAGCUCACGGCUCAGGUCGUCCCUUAUUUUUAGUGCUGCCAAGUUAGACCAGCAGAACACCUCAGCUGAGAAAGUCCAGAUGAUUCAAAAAGAACAGACAUCCAGUGAGAUGACAAGAGACAACGAGAUGGUAAAGGCCACCACUGCUUCCAAAGUUGCAGAGUUACUCGAGAAGUAUAAGACUGUGGGCAAAGACUCAGAAAGUACAACUGUCAGUCAUACUAAAGCCAUGUCUGCUUUCCACCAGGAAGAAUCCCAGAAGGCAGAGAAGAAAUGCAUUAAGUCAGUGCAGUACAAGAUCUUGGAAAGCCGAGUAUCAGACUCCAAAGACUCCUGUGGCAGUUAUAAGCUGCACUCAGAGUCAGACGGGCCAUUUGGAGAGUCCACCUCAGCCAGCCAGCUCACAGAUGCACUUAGCAAGGACCCCAUAACACAGGUGAGCAGUAAAAUGGACAAGUUAUCUUCCCGGUUCUAUCCAAUAGACAACAAGCCCAGUCUUCCAGAGAAGGAGAGCCUUAUAUUUGUUGGAGAAACUCAGAAACUUGCUCUUCCAGAAAGGAAAGAGAAGCUUUCCUUCAAAGGGGACACACACAAUUUGGCUGAAGCAGAAUUCAAGAGAGCUGCCCAAGCACAGGCAAGCACCAUGUCAGGACUGGAAGUUUCCACCAAGACUCAUGGCUCUGACAGUUCCCUCAAUAAGCCGGAGGAAGAAGGCUGUAAGCAGGAACAGAGUCCAAGGGAGUUUUUCAGAAAGGGAUCCCUUAGGCUGAAGCAGCUUCUGAGUCCCAAAGGUGAGAAGAAGCCAGAAGAAGAAACGCUCCCUGAGAGCUGGAAACCAGAGAAGCAGAGCCUGGGUGGCCUCAAGAGAUUGUCCAAAGGCGAUUUCCAAGAGGUUAAAGAGGAGGAGAAAUCUCCAAAGCUGGCUUCAGCAGCAGCACCUCUCCUCAAGGGGAGUCAAACCCCUCAGCCUCGCUUUCCCUCCUCCACAGCCAAUGUCCUCUAUAGCAGCAACCUCCGUGAUGACACUAAGGUCAUUCUGGAGCAGAUUUCUGCCAACAGCCAGAAGAAUCGAGCGGAGCUGGCCAGGCAGCUUCCAAGUGCCAGCAACCCUGAGCUGUCCAAGUCCGCCACCGGCUUGGACCACAGAGGUGAUGACAGAAGCACAGGGAUCAGCAGGUCAGAGAGCUUUGGCAGUCAUAAGCGAAACCUCCAGAGGGACCCUUCUGGGGACAGGGAUUCCCUUCUGAAAAGGAUGGAGAGCAUGAGGAAAGAGAAGCGGGUCUAUAGCCGAUUUGAAGUCUUCUGUAAGAAGGAUGAACAGGGUGAAGAGGAAUGUGAGCCUGACACCAAAGACAAGAAGAUGGGAAAGUUCAUGCCCAAGCUCCUAGGCACAUUCAAAACCAAGAAGUGACUCCAGUGUUGCUGCCCAUGCUCACCUCUCUGUCCCAGAACCGCUUUGCCUGGGACAAAUGCUGGUGGGAGGCCCUUGUGUCAAGACAACUGCAUUGACCCACCCAUCCUAACUGUUAAGUGGGCUGGGCUGGUGGCUGGGUGGCAGGGGAAGUGCUGGCCACUGGAUGUGUGACCAAAAGGGGCAACAGCUGGCACCAUGGCAAGCUAAACAUCAGCUUGCUGGGGAGAAAUGCACCCAUAACCAUCUAUCAAAGCAGCUUUCUGUGACAACAGGUGAAAAACAAUCUUUCUACUUAUCUCUGGGGCUGGUGGGUAAUGAGCUGUUUUCGGGUUGAGAUCUAGUUUUUCCUGCCCAAGAAGGUUACUCUGAUUUAGGGUCAACCUCAAGGAAAGAAUCGCUGGCCACUCUGCAGGAAGGUGCCUCUUGCCUUUCGUUGUUGCUGCUGCUGCUGCUGCACCAGAAAAAGCCCACUUGACUAGCAGUGGGACCCACUGUUUCCACCAGAUAUCCCCCCCCCGGGAUUGUUCAUGUUAUGUGUGAGGACAAGGCACCUGGGAGGUAGCAGGAAGGGUAUCGGUGUGAGCAGCAGCAUUCAAGAUGGCAUGGUGGGCUGAGAAUUAGGUUGGCAGAGCUUGUAGGGUGUUGACAUCAGCCGCUGCCCAUGUAGCCAUCACUAGGCAGAUGAGGCGUCCUUGAGGCAUUGGCAGGAAAAAAGCUAACUGGACAGGUAAACAGCAGUGCUGGGCAUGAUGAGGAUAGGAAGAGCAGGAAACAGUCCUGCUCUGCUGAAGAUGGGGCUUCUUUUUAGGAUAGGCAGCUUCUUCUCACUGGUCUCCCACCUGUCACACUUCCCCCCCAGCCCACAUCCUGAUACACUUUUCUGUGGCUCUGCGUUCCUCCAGACAACCCAUUUGUUGAACAUUCAUCCUGAUUUGGGCAACAUCCACGCCACACAUGUAAAACACUCUUACACCACUUCAACAGUCAUGACUUCUCCCAGCGAAUCCUGGAAACUGGUUUGUUAAGAACAUAAGAAAUCCCUCCUGGAUGAGGCCAGUGGCCCAUCUAGUCCAGCAUCCUGUUAUCACAGUAGCCAACCAGAUACCUAUAAGAAGACCACAAGCAGGGCCUGAAUGCAAGAGCACUCUCCCCUUCUGCGGCUUCCAGCAACUGAUAUUUGGAAGCAUACUGCAUUUGACUAUGGAGUCAGAGCAUAGCCAUCUUAAAUCGCUUGGGCGGCCUUCAAGUCGAUCCCGACUUAUGGCAACCCUAUGAAUAGGGUUUUCAUGGUAAGCGGUAUUCAGAGGGGGUUUCCCAUUGCCUCCCUCUGAGGCUAGUCCUCCCCAGCUGGCCAGAGCCUGCUCAGCUUGCCACAGCUGCACAAGCCAGCCCCUUCCUUGUCUGCAACUGCCAGCUGGGGGGCAACUGGGCUCCUUGGGACUCUGCAGCUUGCCCACGGCUGCACCGGUGGCAGGGCGCACGACCCCUGAACCACUCACUGUGGGGUGAUCAUUAGCUGGCCCUUUUUAUCCAGGAGACAUGAGUGGGGAUUUGAACUCGCAGACUCUGGACUCCCAGCCAGGCUUUCCUCCCCACUGGGCUAUACCGGCUAGCCAUCUUGAAUAGGUGGUUAAAAGAGGCUGACUUCACAGAGAUACAGUUCUCAACACCAUUUAAAAACUACAGUUCUUAGGAUUCUCUGUGGCUGUAUUAGGAAUGUCUGAGAAAGAACUAUAUGUGCAAAUAAAAAUAAAACUGUGUGUAUAUAAACCACCACUAGUUUAAGGCAUGUAGUGAGGAUUGUUUUCAGGGUGAGAAAAAUAUUUCCACAGGACGUCAGACGGUGGGGGUGGGGUGGGGUAGAGUGGGGAGAAGCCCCUCAAAGUUCAUUUCCUCAUCGUACCACCUCUCCCUCCACCCUGCCUUUGGAAGACUGGCUAAACCAGCUGAAAGCCUGAUCUUACGUGCCUACACUUACUGGGGAAGAAGCCCCACUGAACACAGCAAUGUUUACUUCCAUGUAAACAUGCAAAGGAUAGCACUGUUAGUCUCUAACUGCUGCUGCAAAGGAGGGAACAAUGUCCUGUCUCUUAUUUUGGUUAGAUUACUUGGGAACUGUCACUCCAAGCCAUUGCAGCUUCCCCAAACGUAAGGGGGGCAUGCCCCCUUCCUCCAAAUCCCACGUGGAGCAGUAGGGUGGGAAGCCACCUUUUCUGGCCCACAGUGUGGGCAACCACCAUGCUCGGCCCCAUUGGGGCAUUUCUCAUUAUUAUUAUUAUUAUUGUAUAAACUAAAACAGGUGUAGAUGGCUUUCAAAGGUACUUAGACAAAGUCAUAGAGGAUAAGGAUAUUGGUGACUGACUGCUGGUCAUGAUAGCUAUUUACUACCUCCAAGAUCAGAGGUGGAAGACCAGUUGCCAGGGAUCACCGGGGAAGAACUAUCACUCUCAUGUCCUGCUUGUGGGCUUCCCCAAGGCUUCUGCAGGAAACCCAGUGCUUGGACCCCCUUUGGUCUGAUGCCACUGCAGGGCUAUUCUUAUGUUCUUGACAUCAUUGCUGGUGCUAAUGCUAGUUGGUUUGGGUUGUUGAGUGCAGAUGGUUCUGAGCUGCCAGGUGGAGUGUCCAACAUUUGACUUCCUAUGCAGCGUGUGAGCUUCUUUGGGCCAGCCUUUCCUAGACCAACUUCUGAGGUAUGGUUUGCCCCCGUUUUGUCCACUGCAUGAAUUGAAAUCAUGUAAGUUGCUUAAAUUGCCAGUUGGGUAAUAUUCAGCCAUUGAUUGAAAUUGAGAAGCCACUUCUGGAGCAUGACUUGUGGAACUGCCAGUCAGAGCUGGUGGCAGAGGCAGCCCAGUCAAAGCCAUCGCAGAGGGAAGGUAGCAACAGAGGGGAGUGGGCACAGAAUGGGCACUCUAACUUGGUGCCCUACCCUAACAUUCACUGCUGAUACAUCAGGAAGGUCCACACAUCUGCACUGAAAGCAACAAUAAGCUCUGACUGGAAUAAAGAAUGUAAAUGUACAUACA